AUGGCGGCCGGCGACGAGAAGCGGCACCUGCUGAGCGAGGGCAGCGGCGGGUACGGGGGUAGCGCGGCGCACGGACAGGAGCCCGCCCUGGAGCUGGGGCCGCGGCGUGGGCAGCACUGCCACACGCGGGGGGCUGGCAGCCAUCCCGGGCAGCAGCAGCGGGCACGGAGGAAGCUCUACCUGGCCGCCGGCAUCUGCCUCUUCUUCAUGGUGGGGGAGGCCGUGGGUGGGUACCUGGCACACAGCCUGGCCAUCCUGACGGACGCUGCCCACCUGCUGACGGACUUUGCCAGCAUCAUGAUCAGCCUCUUUGCCCUCUGGGUGUCCUCACGGCCCCCCACCAAAACCAUGAACUUCGGCUGGCACCGGGCAGAGAUCCUGGGGGCUCUGCUCUCCGUGCUCUCCAUCUGGGUGGUGACGGGGGUCCUGGUGUACCUGGGGGCGCAGCGCCUGCUCUCGGGUGACUACGACAUCGAGGGCGGGGUCAUGCUCAUCACCUCCGCCUGCGCCGUGGCCGUCAACAUCGUGAUGGGGCUGGCUCUGCACCAGACGGGGCACGGGCACAGCCACGGGGCGGGCGGUGAGCAGCCCAACGCCAGCGUCCGCGCCGCCUUCGUGCACGUCCUGGGGGACCUGCUGCAGAGCCUCGGCGUGCUCAUCGCCUCCUACAUCAUCUUCUUCAAGCCCGAGUACAAGUACGUGGAUCCCAUCUGCACCUUCCUGUUCUCGGCGCUGGUGCUGGGCACAACGCUGACCAUCCUCCGGGACGUCCUGCUGGUCCUCAUGGAGGGGACGCCCAAGGGGAUGGAUUUCAAUGCCGUGCGGGACACGCUGCUGGCCGUGCGGGGCGUGGAGGCCGUGCACAGCCUGCACAUCUGGGCUCUGACCGCAGCACAGCCGCUGCUGUCUGUGCACAUCGCCAUCAACGCGGCCGCCAGCGCGCAGGAGGUGCUGGAGGAGGCGAGCUCCCGGCUGCAGGGCGCCUUCCGCUUCCACAGCACCACCAUCCAGGUGGAGAGCUACUCCGAGGAGAUGCGGGACUGCCGGGAGUGCCAGCCCCCCCGCGACUGA